UGUUUAUGUCACUCAUGCGCAAGCUCAGCUGACCAACCGUGCGGUUCUUUCGAUCGUUUAGACCAUUCGUGACGUAGGGCGUGAUUGUUUUUUUGAGAUCUGUACUAGCUAGCCAGCCAUUUUAGCUAUUUAACAACAACAGUGUAUUUGAUCAACACUACCUUACUCCAAGGACGAAUAGAAGUCACAGCUAAAAUAAUGAACAUGUUACUAUCCAAACCAGGAGACAACUGACUGUCUGUACAGCUCAUAUACUCGUUGCCUAGGGGGUUUCACAGGGGAUAAUGUCCCAUCACUGAAGAUGGGAGGCAGUGGGUCCAAGGUGAAAGGUGCUUGGCCAUUUGCUGGUUCAGGAGCUGGAGGUGAUUCAGGCAGUGAGGGGCAAGAAGACCAGUCUUUGACCCGCCUCAAAGGGACCAGAAAAGCAACCCCAUUUAUUUUCACAAGGAGGAGCUCUCUUUACUAUGAUGAGGAUGGGGACCUGGCUCAUGAGUUCUAUGAAGAGACUUUGGUGACAAAAAAUGGCCGGAAGAGGUCCAAGCUGAAGAGGAUUCAGAAGAACCUCAUACCUCAGGGAAUUGUGAUGCUGAACCAUCCCCGGAUCCAUGUAGAUUUUCCUGUCAUCCUCUGUGAGUUUAGGCACCAGGGGGCAGUGCUCUUUUACAGGGCCAGGGGUCAGACUGAUGUAAUUCCUCCUUCAUUCCGUCCUUUGAUGUUCUGCAGAGCAACUUCCUCUGAGAUUGGUUACUCUCGAAUGGCAGGUGAGUCAGCAGAGCUUGGAGAACAAACAGCGGAACCGCAUCAACUGAGUGACCCCCCACAGGAUGAGGCCUCACCUCACUUCCAGGGUUUUUUGUCUAUCAUGUGCUCUCAGAUCCUCCACGUUACAUGCACCCUUUAGGCAUAUGUUUUGUUGGACUUUGCUUCUAACUAUUCAUUUAAAAGCUUUCAACCCCAGCCUGCUCUAAAUCUUUCCAUGAUCUUGGCAACAUGACAGCAUGUGGUACUUGGUUGGUUCAUUUGAGCCACUGCCAAUGGCCAUCUCAUCUGCCUCAAGCGGAACAUCUGCAUGCCAGAUGUCUGUGUCCAGACAGAGUUUAAAUGCUACUAGUCCUAGAGAUAUACCAUGCUUGCUUACAUUAGCUAUAGGUUAUUCUGUAAGACUUUAUAUUAUGGUGUAGCCUACUUAAAAUUAUUUAUUUAGGGGUUUAAACUGUCAAUUGUAAGUGUAUAGAUAGUUUAUGAAUAUGUAAUGAACAUGUUUAAAACAUUGGUUGCAAUUGUAUGCUUGUCAUUUAACUGUUUGGCCAAAAACUGUAUAUGAACUCAAAUGGUCCUGUGUGGCUCAAUUGGUAGAGUGUGGCUUUUGCAACGCCAGGGUUGUGGCUUCCAUUCCCAUGGGGGACCAGUACAAAAAAUGGAUGCACUCACUACUGUAAGUCACUCUGGAUAAGAGAGUCUGUUAUAAAUGACUCAAAUGUAUCAAACUGAGAACUCAAACUAUAGGCAUGGCAUUCUCAGUAUGUUGGGAGUGUCUACGCCAGGCUUCCUCAAUAGGCGGGCCGCAGGUGAUUUUUGUUGUUGGAUAUUAAAUACUGUGAAAUCGG